CUCAAGAUGGCGUCACUCGUUAUUUGUUUUCUUAUGAUUCAAAUCGUAGCAGGAAAUGAACAUUAUAAAGGUGAUAGUAUUUUACAUCACUUGAACAACGGAAUAAAAUUUGCUAAGGAUUUUUUGGGAUCCGAAUCAAUUGCAUUGAAAGUUGCUGAUUUCGUUGUUCGUGCUUUUCAACCCAAAAUAUCCUUAAACAAUAAGCGCCCAAUACAGGAUAAUUCAAAUGAUUUCGGUAACGAAAAUUAUUCAGAAGAAAAUAAAUCCAGUUACAAUACCAAUGAGGUUCCUUAUUCCAUGUCACCAUUACGUCAAUUGGUGCGGUUGCUGGGUCUUCAGCCGAAACAAAUUAGCGCAGUUGCUGUGAACGCACUCAUAUUUGUCGCUCAAAUGAUUUCUACCUUCUUGGCGGUACCUAGACGUACGAACAAGCCUCACCGAUCAGAAGAUUUUACGCAAUGGAUUCUCAAUAAAAAAUCAAGAAAACUUCAAGAUAUUUUAGCGACAGCUAGAAACGAUUCUCUGCCAAGUUUGAUAGACGAUCUUAUUUUGGAACAAGAAUCUGAGGAAGAAACUAGUUGUAUUCGACUUUUAGUUUGUAAAAUAACGCCUUUCAUAAAUAAAAUGCAAGACGCGGUUUUUGGUGAGAAAAGCGAUGAAUUUGAUAAAGCCCACGGGGCAUCUGUUAUGUAUAGAUAUCUACCCACAAACGAUGAAUUUCAUACUAAAAGUGAGAUAUGUGAAGAAAAACACAAAGAUUGUAAACUAUAUGAGUAAUUAUAAUUCUCUAUUUAGCCGUUAUGUAUUAUCUAAAUGGAGGUAACGUGUAACUUUUAAAUUGUUAAAUAUUUUGGCCUCACCUAUAAACGUUGCUUA